GUCAUAAAUAAAAGUGUAAAUGUUAACAUUUGACAAAUAUCCAUUCUUAGCCUAACUUGGUUUAAAAGCUGAAAACUAUGGAGCAUCACAUAAUGGAUCAUGGAUUGGAGAUGGUGAAUGGACAACUAGUUAUAAUCCAAAUACUGGAGAAGCAAUAGCAAAAGUAAAAUUAGGAACACUCUAAUAAUAUGAAUAAGGAAUGUAAGAGCUUUUGAAAGUUAAAAAUAUGUGGGCUGAAGUAUAUGAUAAUAAAUUUAAAUUAGUUACCAAUUCCAAGAAGAGGUGACAUAGUAAGAUAAAUAGGAGAUGAGUUUAGAAAAUAAAAGGAAGCCUUGGGGAUGUUAGUUUCAUUAGAAAUGGGUAAAAUAAAAUCAGAAGGAUUGGGAGAGGUUUAAGAGAUUAUAGAUAUUUGUGAUAUGGCUUGUGGAUUAUCAAGAUCAUUAUAUGGUUUAGUAAUUCCAUCAGAGAGACCAUCACAUUUUAUGAUGGAAUAAUGGAAUCCUUUAGGAGUUAUAGGAAUUAUUACAGCAUUUAAUUUUCCAGUAGCUGUUUUAGGUUGGAAUUUAGCACUUGGAUUAAUUUGUGGUGAUGUUUGUGUUUGGAAAGGAGCACCCUCAACAAAUUUAUCAUCUAUUGCUUGUACUAACAUAAUUCAUGAAGUCUUUAAAAGAAAUGGAGUAAAAUAUUAAAUUAUUUCUAUUAGUUACCAACAAGUAUUGUAUUCACUAUUUGUGGAGAUGGUGUGUAAAUUGGAGAAGCAAUAACAAGUGAUAAGAGAAUUCCAUUAGUCUCUUUUACAGGUUCAACUCAAGUUGGUAAAAUCAUUGCUGCAAAAGUUGCUAGUAGAUUAGCUAGAAGUUUAUUAGAAUUAGGAGGAAAUAACGCAUAGAUUGUUCAUGAAGAUGCUAAUGUUGAUUUAGCAUUAAAAGCUGCUGUUUUUGCAGCUGUUGGAACAUGUGGAUAAAGAUGUACAUCAUUAAGAAGAUUGUUAUUACAUAAUUCCAUUGCAGAUCCAUUCAUUCAAAAAAUGAUUAAAGUUUAUGCUACUAUUAAAAUUGGAAAUGCUUUAAAUGACGGUAAUUUUAUUUUUAUAUUCUAGAUACUUUAUGUGGUCCAUUACAUACUAAGGCAUAAGUUGAAUAAUAUAAAAAGGUUAUACCUGAAAUCUAAGCAUAAGGAGGCAAAUUACUUUAUGGAGGUAAUAUUAUUGAAGGACCAGGAAACUUUGUUUAACCAACUGUAUUUGAAGUUAAAGCUAAUCAUCCUAUUUUAUAACAUGAACUCUUCAUGCCAAUUUUAUUUAUUGUUAGAUAUGAUACCUUAGAAGAAGCUAUAGAGAUUAAUAAUAAUGUACCAUAAGGUUUGAGUAGUUCAUUAUUCACUUCAAAUUUAAGCAAUUCUUAUAAAUGGACAGGUCCUUUAGGAUCAGAUUGUGGUAUUGUAAAUGUUAAUAUUGGAACAUCUGGAGCUGAAAUUGGUGGUGCUUUUGGAGGUGAAAAAGAAACUGGUGGAGGUAGAGAAUCAGGAAGUGAUUCUUGGAAAACUUAUAUGAGAAGAUCAACAUGCACUAUUAAUUUUGGUAAGACUUUGCCUCUUGCUUAAGGUGUUAAAUUUGAUAUUUGAAAAACAUUAUUAUUGUACAA